CCACAAUCGCCACACUCCGGGAUCCCGACCCCGACCGAACGGAUACCCCUGCCAAACAGGCAGUCACUUACGCGUCCGCGUCCCACGUCUUCGUCCGGACUUUUGUGCACAAAAUUUUAAGGGGUCGACCGGUCCUUCCUUGCCUCCCUGUUUUUAAUUUGGGUUCAUCGGUGGGAGUAGGGCAAGCGACCGAAGCCUGGGCCGCCGACUGCGGCGGGGCGCCUCCCCAAGCUUCAGUAUCUCACCAAUAUUCCCAUCCGAGUCACGGCACCAAUUGUUAUAGAUUUUAUUAAUUAACAAGAGUCGAAGAAGCCAAUCAACAAAUUUUAUUAAUUACAGCAAGCAAAACAAGGAGGCAAUGCAGCGCUGGGCGACAGGGGGAUCUCCGUCCUGCCAACUGCCGCGCCUACUGGAGUUCCGGUCGGUCCUUUUAAGUCGCUCACGAGCCUAUCAUUGUGAUACUUCCGGAGUACUCUGCGCAUGCUUUGAGGCUGUUGCUGGGGCAUUUAACUGUCUUGCUUCACUUCUAUUUCUCUUGGUUUCUGGAAAGUACCACUUAUACAAACAUGUUAGUCUUUACAAACGAAUCUAACCACAUCUUACUUAACGAACACAUAUAUUCUAUUACAGUAACCACAUCUUAUGAACAAACAUACUCUAUUACAAUAACCACAUCCUAGUUAAUGAACAAACAUACUUCAUUACAGGGAGUGGGUCAGGGAUGGUUCCAGAGGGGCACCAGGGGGGGAUUUUUGUGCCCCCCCUCGUGCUGGGGAUUUUUGGGGGAGCACCAAAGCCCCCCUGGGGCUUCCUCCCCGGUUUUGGGGACGUCUCAGUGCCAGCUCUUGGUGGCUUCCUGUGGUUUCUCAGCAGUGACAGAUCCCCAGAGAAGCUGAGCAGGGACCUCAACGUCCCCCUUCAGACCUGAGCUCUGGGACACUGCUUCCCAUCUAAACCCCCCCAAGCUCUGACCUACAGACCUGAGCAUCACUGUGGGGUGAAACUUCAGCUCCCACCCACAAGGGAUGAAAUAAUACUCCAGGAGUGAGGGAUGAGUUAAGACUUCACCGCAUGUGAAGGGAAUAAUUCCUGGAGGGAAUCAUUCCUGCUCUCCAACAGGAACCAUGGCAGGGAUUUCCUGGGCUGAGGGAGUCUCUAAUGGGACACAUUUCCCAAUUUCCAAUGGGACAAAAGCCAGCUCUGGAGGUGCUUUGGGGGCAGAUAUGCAGCACUCCCUGUUUGCUGUCAGCUACAGUGCAGUGCUGGUGCUGGGGCUGGUGGGCAAUGCCCUGUCCCUGUCCCUGCUGUCCUGCCGAGUGAAGCCCCUGUCCCACUCCUACAUCCUCCUGCUGCACCUGGCCCUGCUGGACACUCUGUUCCUCGCUCUGCUGCCUCUCCAGAUCCACGCCCAGCUGCUUGGGGACACCUGGACCUUUGGGGACACGGCCUGCAGGGUCACCCAAGCUCUGUUCUGCCUCCACGUGUCCCUCAGUGUUGCCUUUUUCGGCUGCCUCGGCCUGGAUCUGUGGCUGGCAGUGCUGCACCCCUUCACCUCCAUCCAGCUCAGGGCCACCCACUACAUGCUGGUGGCCACAGCCCUGUGGGUGGUGGCCCUGGCUGCCACUGUUCCACUCGUGCUGCACAGGAGAGGGGUGAGGAGCUGCUUUGGGAACUUCCCUGGGAGCUGGGCUCACCCCACAGCCCCUCACACCAUCCUGGCUUUCAUUUUUGGGGUGGCUGUCCCAUUUUCCAUCAUCCUGCUGGGCCUGCCGCUGGUGGCCAGGAGCGUGUGGCAGAGCCGGCGCAGAGCUGCCAGGAGGAAGGCCCUGGGCACCAUCUCCAUCAUGCUGGGCAUUUGUGCCCUCUGCUUCCUGCCCCAGCACCUCACCCAGCUGCUGCAGUUCCUGCGGGGGAUCCAGGAGGAGCCGCUCCCCAGCCUGAUCCCCAAGAUCCAGAGGGUGACCGAGGCCCUGGCGAGCUGCAGCUGCUGCCUGAACCCCCUCCUGUACCACUUCCACUCCUCCAGCAGAGCCUGGCGCUGCCCCUUCAGGCUCAGCCUCAGGUCCAAGAGGGUGUUCACCAUCUGUGAUCACAAUUUUGGGGACCCUUCCUGGGGCUGCAAGUCCAGGCAGACGCAUGGAAGGAAAAUCCACGGGGGAUGGAACCAACUGAUCCACUCCAGCCCCCACGUGGUUUCUGAGAACUGCCGAGUUUCCAUCCCCUAUGAAACGCUAUCGGAAAUCCUCCCAGCACUGGAGAAGGAUUUGUUUUAUCAGCCAAGCACAAUUAUGGAUAAAGGGGGAAAAUCCCAGUGCUGGUGCCUGUCACUGCAGGAAUUGGACAAACACUGGAAUUCUUUUAUUAAAACCAAGCACAAAAAAGCAUUGACAGUGUAAACAAAAUAAAAUCUGAC